AUGGCGACUGUAGGUGAAGAAAACAACAUCGGACAUUUGUAUAAACUUAUGUCUUUGCAGUAUCAGCAACUGCAAAAGACACUGGACAAACUACAAACCCCAGCAGCCUUAGCGGCUUCGCAAAUGGUGAACCCUUUAAUUCAAAUGGGGAACACAGCUUUAACAUCCACAGAAGGACUGGUCUCAUCAACCACACCAAAGGCAUCCACUUUUGAGUUGAAUUCAUCAAUAUCAAAUCAAUCGGCUCCUCAGUCCUCAUAUACAAUAUCUGGAGCACAAAGUUAUACUCUUGUUCCAGCCACAACUCCACAGCUUUCAACAGAGAUAUCAAGUCAGUCUUCAUCACAGUCAUCCUAUCCAACAACAUCUGUAAAAGGCUAUUCUUCACUGCCAAGCACAUCUGCAAAACAAUCCACAUCACAACUUUCAGACAGUACACUAUACCAAUAUAUUUCUCAGCCUGUGAAUCCUUCCUCAACAAUGGAAAACUCUCUUCCAAUUAUAACUUCAAAGCAAACUACACAUCUGUUUUCAUCAAAUGUACAGAGUCAGUUUACUGUUCAGUCAUUAUCUACAAUAUCUACGACACAGACACACACAACUAAUCCAAUCACAAUUCAAGCAGAAACCCCUCUAACAGCCAUUUCAUCAAGUACACCAAAACAAGCUACUCUUCAGUCUUCAAGUUCGGCAUCUACUACAGAAACCUAUACUACCAUUUCAACUACUAGUCAAAGCCAGUCUACUGUACAGCCUAUGCUUUCAUCCACUAAGCUAUCCACAGCACAGACCUCAUAUUCAACAUCCAUAACACAAAACUAUACUCUUGUCCCAAUGACAUCUACAAAACAAUCUACUCAAUCAACUCCAUCAUCACAACUUCCAUCAAGUACACCAACUCAGUAUAGUCCUCAGUCAACAUUUACAUCCCAAAGUUAUACUUCACUCCCAGUCACAUCUCCAUCGUUUACACCAAAUUCACUGUAUCAGUCCACCAUUCAGUCAUUAAGUACAGAUUCUACCAUACAAACAUACACAUUAAAUACAACCACAACUCUAAAACAAACUUUUAUGGCAUCCAUGACUGUGUUGAUCACAAAAAGCCAAACUAUGCAUCAGUCAACUUCAAUACCUACAACACAAAAAUUUACUACCAUACCAACUUUAAGUCCUAGCUUAUCCACACUGCAACUUGUAUUGUCGACCACUACAUCAAAGCAAUCUACUAGUUUGACUUCAUAUGCAGGGUCAACUACACAAUACUAUACAUUCCUCUCAACGAUUACUGCAAAACAAUCUAGUCUACAGCUUCCAACAACUUCACAAAACCAAUAUACUGCUCAGUCGUUACUUACAUCGCAAGGCUAUACUUCAUUUCCAAGCACAAAUCUGAAGCAGUCCUCAUUGUUACCACCAACUUCAUUGAGCACACAAAUCCAUACUCUACCCCAAUCUUCAGCUUUAUUGUUUACAACAAAGGGUACCACCCUAUCAAAUACAAGUCUUAGCCUAUCCACACUGCUGAUUAUGCUUUCAUCCAGUACACCAAAGCAAUCUGCAAUGCACACUUCAUACUUGGCUUCAACUGCAGAGAACUAUACUGUUAUGCCCACUACUGGUGCAAAGCAAUCCACUCUAGUUUCAUCAUCUUCAGCAAAUCAAUACUUUCUUCAGUCAUCAUUAAGAUCACAAGGGUAUACUUCAUUUCCAAGCACAACUUCAAAGCAGUCUAUUCUAGAACCGUUUUCUUCAACUGAUGUAAAGCAAUCUACUGUUCAGUCAUUAAAUCCAACUUCUGCAAUACAAACAUAUACACUUAACCCAACUACAACAAUAAAACAAACUACUGUACUGUCUUCACUUUUAUCAAGCACACAAAGCCAACCUGUACCUCUGUCUUCAGGUUCAGUAUCUAUUACAUCAACUUACACUACCAUUCCAACUACAAGUUCAAAGCAAUCCACUCUUUUUCUAAUACUUUCAUCCAGUACGCCAAAGCAAUCUACAGUUCAGACUUCAGCAACUGCAAUAGAAAAAUAUACCACAAUCCAAACUACAGCUACAAAUCAAUCUACUGUACAACUUUUUUCAGCUGCACCUACACAGAUAGCUACUUAUUCCACAUAUACAAAAUUCACUUCACAAAACUAUAUUAGCUCAACCAUAGCUUCAAAGCAAUCAACGCCGCAACUAAUGAUCUCAGCCUCCACACCACUCCUAACUACACUGCAGAGCUAUUUAAGUACUGUAACAAAAACGGAUUGUACUACCUCAACCAAAACUUUAGAGCAGUCUUCUGCACCAUCACAGUUUUCAUCAACUGCAACCCAGUCUACAACACAACCUUCAAAGGUAACAACUACACUGUACAGUCCAUUGCCUCUGCUUACUACAACAAAGCAAUCGAUCCUGCAAACAUUUUCAGAAAGUUCACCAACACAAGCAAAAUCUCAGUCCUCAUAUCAAAUGUCUGCAGCAGAAAGCAGCAUCUUUGCAUCAAGCACAAUUUCAAAUCAAACAACACUGCAAGUGUUGCUUUUACCAAGUAUGCCUACAUCUGCAACACAAAGCUAUACUCCCAGCCCAGUGACAACUCCAAAUAAAUCUUCUCUGCAAUACUUGCUUUAUAGUGUGUCAAGCCAAUCUACUUCUCCAUCCUUAAAUUCACAAUCUACAACCAAAAUAUCUGACCUCUUUCCAACAACUGCAAAAAAAUCCACUUUACAACUAUUGCUUACUUCAACUAUAGAAAAUCAGACAACUUCUCAAGUUUCAUAUACAACAUCCAAUGAAAAAAACUCUUACUCCAUUCUUACCACAACCUCAGUGCAGAACACGGAAUACUCAGUACUUUCGUCCAGUCCACUAAGCCAGUAUCGCUCAGAUACUACAAACAGCACACAGUACAAUAGUACUCAGACAACCACAGUACCUGUUCAGUCUACUAAAACAUCUACAACCUCUGAUACUACAGACAGCACACACUACAAUAUUCCUGGGACAACCACUGCACCAGUACAGACUACUAAAAUGUCUACAACCUCUGAUACUAUAAACAGCACACAGUACAAUCAUACUGUGAGUACCACAGCAUCGCUACAGACUAAUAAAACAUCUACAACCUCUGAUAGUACAGACAGCACACACUAUAAUACUACUGGGACAACCACAGCACCAGUACAGUCUACUAAAAUGUCUACAACUUCUGAUACUACAAACAGCACAUGCUAUAAUACCAGUGGGACAACUACAGCACCAAUGCAGUCUGCUAAAAUGUUAACAACCUCUGAUACUACAAAUAGAACACAGUACAAUAGUACUGGGACAACCACACCAUCAGUACAGACUACUAAAAAAUCUACAACCUCUGAUACUACAAACAGUGCAUACUACAAUAGUACUGGGACAACCACAGUGCAGGUACAGUCUACUAACAUGUCUACAACUUCUGAUACUACAAAUAGCACACACUACAAUACCACUGGGACAACCACAGCAUCAAGACAGUCUACUAAAAUGUUUACAACUUCUGAUACUACAAACAGAACACAGUACAAUAGUACUGGGACAACCACAGCAUUGGUACAGACUACUAAAACAUCUACAACCUCUGAUACUAGAAAGAGUGCAUACUACAAUAGUACUGGGACAACCACAACAAUGGUACAGCCUACUAAAAUGUCUACAAAUUCUGAUACUACAAACAGCACAUACUACAAUACCACUGGGACAACCACAGCACAAAUACAGUCUACUAAAAUGUUUACAACCUCUGAUACUACAAUCAGCACACUGUACAAUAGUACUGGGACAACCACAGCAUCAGUACAGACUACUAAAACUUCUACAACCUCUGAUUCUACAAACAGUGCAUACCACAAUAGUACUGGGACAACCACAGCACCAGUACAGUCUACUAAAAUGUCUACAACUUCUGAUACUACAAACAGCACACACUACAAUAUCACUGGGACAACAAUAGCAUCAAUACAGCUUACUAAAAUGUUUACAACCUCUGAUACUACAAACAGCACACAGCACAAUAGUACUGGGACAACCACAGCAUUGGUACAGACUACUAAAACAUCUACAACCUCUGAUACUACAAAGAGUGCAUACUACAAUAGUACUGUGACAACCACAGCACUGGUACAGGCUACUAAAAGGGCUACAACUUCUGAUACUACAAACAGCACACACUGUAAUACUACUAGGGCAACCACAGCACUGCUACAGUCCAUGAAAAUGUCUACAACUUCUGAUACUACAAGAAGCACACACUACAAUACUAUUGGAACAACCACAGCAGCAGUACAGUCUACUAAAAUGUCUAUAACUUCUGAUACUAAAAACAGCACACAGUACAAUACUACUGGAACCACCAUUGUACUCGCACAAUUUACCAAAAUGUCUACAACUUCUGAUAAUACAAAUAGCGCACACUACAAUACUACUGGGACAACCAGAGCACAGGUACAGUCUAAUAAAAUGUCUACAAGUUCUGAUACUACAGACAGCACACACUACAAUACUACUGGGACAACCACAGAACUGGUACAGUCUACUAAAAUGUCUACAACUACUGAUACUACAAACAGCACACACUACAAUACUACUGGGAUAGCCAUAGUACUGCUACAGUCUACUAAAACAUCUACAACCUCUGAUACUACAAACAGCACACACUACAAUACCACUGGGACAACCACAGAACUGGUACAGUCUUUUAAAAUGUCUACAACUUCUGAUACUAAAAGCAGCACACACUACAAAACAACUGGCACAACCAUAGCACUGCUACAGUCUACUAAAAUGUCUGCAACCUCUGAUACUAUAAACAGCACACAGUGCAAUACUACUGAGGCAACCACAGCACUGGCACAGUCUACUAAAAUGUCUACAACAUGUGACAAUACAAACAACACACUGUACAAUAGUUCUGGAACAACCACAAUACCAGUACAGUCUACUAAAAUGUCUGCAACUUCUGAUACUACAAAUAGCCCACAGUACAAUAUUACUGGGAUAACCACAGCACUUGGACAGUCUACUAAAACAUCUAUAAACUUUGAUAUUACAAACAGCACAGACUACAAUACUAGUGGGACAUCCACAGAACUGUUACAGUCUAUUAAAAUGUCUACAACGUCUGAUACUACAAACAGCAAACACUAUGAUACCACUGGGACAGCCACAACACCAGUACAGUCUACUGAAAUGUCUACAACUUCUGAUACUACAAACAGCACACACUACAAUACAACUAGGACAACCAUAGCACUGCUACAGUCUACUAAAAUGUCUACAACCUCUGAUACUACAAACAACAUACAGUACAAUACUCCUGAGGCAACCACAGCACUGGUACAGUCUACUAAAAUGGCUACAACAUCUGACACGACAAACAACACACUGUACAAUAGUUCUGGAACAACCACAAUACUAGUACAGUCUACUAAAAUAUCUGCAACUUCUGAUACUACAAAUAGCACACAGUACAAUAUUACUGGGAUAACCACAGCACUUGGACAGUCUACUAAAACAUCUAUAAACUUUGAUACUAGAAACAGCACAGACUACAAUACUAGUGGGACAUCCACAGAACUGUUACAGUCUACUAAAAUGUCUGCAACUUCUGAUACUACAAACAGCACACACUACAAUACAACUAGGACAACCAUAGCACUGCUACAGUCUACUAAAAUGUCUACAACAUCUGAUACUACAAACAGCAUACAGUGCAAUACUACUGAGGCAACCAAGGCAUUGGUACAGUCUACUAAAAUGGCUAUAGCAUCUGACUCUACAAACAACACACUGUACAAUAGUUCUGGAACAACCACAAUACCAGUACAGUCUACUAAAAUGUCUGCAACUUCUGAUACUACAAAUAGCCCACAGUACAAUAUUACUGGGAUAACCACAGCACUUGGACAGUCUACUAAAACAUCUAUAAACUUUGAUACUACAAACAGCACAGACUACAAUACUAGUGGGACAUCCACAGAACUGUUACAGUCUAUUAAAAUGUCUACAACGUCUGAUACUACAAACAGCAAACACUAUGAUACCACUGGGACAGCCACAACACCAGUACAGUCUACUGAAAUGUCUACAACUUCUGAUACUACAAACAGCACACACUACAGUACCAGUGGGACAACCACAGCACCAAUCCAGUCUACUAAAAUGUUUGCAACCUCUGAUACUACAAACACCACACAGUGCAAUACUACUGGGGCAACCACAGCACUGGCACAGUUCACUAAAAUGUUGACAACAUCUGACACUAUAAACAACACAGUGUACAAUAGUUGUGAAACAACGGCAACACUAUUACAGUCUACUAAAAUGUCUGCAACUUCUGAUACUACAAAUAGCACACAGUAUAAUACUACUGGGACAACCACAGUGCAGACACAAGCUACUAAAAUGUCAACACCUUCUGAUUCUACAAAGAGAAUACAGUUCAGCACUUCUGAAACAACCUCAGCACCAGUACAGUCUGCAGAAACUUCUGCAAUACAAGAUCAUACUCCCAGUGCAACCAUACUCUCACUGAAGUCCACACUUUUCUCACAGCUUUAUUCCAUUUCAACAACACAAUCAACUAAAGAAAGCUUACAGUCAACACCCACAUCUCAGAGUUAUACUUUUACUUCAACUAUUACUUUAGAUCUGUCUAGUCCUAAGUUACUACUUUCCUCUAGCACAGUUUUACCAACUAUUCUGGAGUCAUCCUAUCAAAGCUCUAUAGAAGACAAAAGCAUGCACACCCAGUCAAAUGCAACAAAUGAAAUAACAGAGAAACUUGAUUCAACGGAUACAUCCAAUGACUCUCAACCAACUCUUUCAUCAGUAUCAAACAGUGACCUUUCAUUUCCUGCCAGUACACUACACAUUUCUACAGUGCAAAUGUCAACCAAAGGGAAUGACUGUGAUGAUGCAGUGCCUUGCAUGCAUGCAGUAACACAUAGUCUGGCUGGGAUACAAGUAUGUCGGUCCCAUAGUCUGGGAGAGAACCAGACAGAUCUCAUACCUGAAUCUUGGACAAGAGUAGUGGCUGUUUCAAAGAAGGAGCUUUCCUGUAGCAGUAAGUCUGAAAGUGAGCUGCUGGGAGAUACUGAUGUUCCCUUGGACACAGUAACUGCAAGGAUGGUGGGGAGUGAUGAUGCCCAGAUUGACAGUGAGGUACAGCUGUCAGAAGAUACUAGACUUCCCACAGAAGGGGAGAUUGUGAGGGUUGCAGAUGUAGAGUUGACACAGGCACAACUUAUGGAACCUACAGUACAAAGCUUAAGAGAGAUGGCUAAGGAAGCACCUGUGGCUCAAGGAAGAGGAGAGUCUGUAUAUGGGAACAAGGGUUUGUUGUAUAAAGAGUGGACCCCUAAGGGAGGGAUAGAAGGUGAGGUAGUAUGGCACUUGGUAGAACCUAGCACCUGCCAUCUGCCAGUUCUAGUUAUAGUCCCUAAUAUUCCUUGGGAAGGGGAUAUUAAGGCAGAGAAGGAAGGCUUGUUGUGUACAAAUCGGACUCCUAAGGGAGGGCUGGAUACAGCCUAG